AAGUGACGCUACAGUGGCUCCAAACAGCCGCUGGUCUCCUCUUCCUUUUGGCCGCGGCUCGGUUUUCCAGUUCUCCCAGUUGACAAUGCAGCUUAUGGGGCGUCACUUCGCAUCCCAGCCUUCCAGCACGCCACUUCCAUCCAGCGGGGUUGACGCAGCAGCGGCGGCGGCACGAUGCCGUCUGACGUGGAGUACAGUCCGGUGGGAGAGGGGCUGGGGAUGCGGGACUUCUGGAUCUACGUGUGGCUGCGCAGAGCGGCUUUGAUCGUAGCUCAUGUCUCCGGUCUGGCCCUCACCGUCGUCCUCUCCGUGCUGUCCAGACCCGGAACCAGUCUGUUUUCUUGGCAUCCGCUGUGCAUGUCUGUUGCUUACUGCUUGUGCAUGACUGAAGGCAUCCUCCUCUUCUCCGCUGAGGGUACCAUCUUCUGCCUGAAGUCGAGGAAGAACAAAGUGCGUGUCCACUGGCUGUGCCAGGCCCUGGCGCUGGUGGCAGCGGCGGUGGGGCUGGGCUUCAUCCUGGCUAGUAAGGUCGUGUCUGAGCUGCCCCACCUGGUGUCCUGGCACAGCGUGAUGGGCUGCUGCACCCUGGCCGCCUCCCUGCUCCAGGCCGGCUGCGGCGCCUGCCUCGUCUUCCACAAGCAGCUGCGGCUGUCCACGUCUCCGGCCAGACUCAAACUCUACCACGCCACCUGCGGCCUGGUGGUGUACCUGCUGGCCACCGGCACCAUCAUGCUAGCCAUGCUGUCAGACUGGUUCCAGGCCACGGUGAAGGGGGCAACUUGGUGGCUGAUGGCCAUGCUUCCCCUCUUCCCUGCCCUUGUGGCCAUGAACCAGAUCACCAACGCCUACCUGCCCCGCAAGAAGAUAAGCAGCUAGGGUGCAGAAGGAUCACGGUGCAGAGUCGGAACAGGAAACAGGAGACUGUUUUCACGCUUCAGGGAUUCAUUGAGUUCUAAGCAAAUUUAUGUCCAAACAUGUUCCUACCUGAAGUUCACAGCCAGGAUCUAGUGGUGAGUGGAGGAAAUGCAGCAUGAAGCUCUGAAGCACUGAAUCAUAUCUGACUCUGUGAAUGAAGGCAGAGCCUCUGAAUGUUUUUUUUUUUAAUCGCUCAAGCAGUGAAAGGGAUGAAGGCCGACCAGAAACCUCACAGCAGCUUUUAGAUUCCUGAUCACUUUAAAGCUGCAGUCUGUCACUUAUAUAAAUAGAAAGUAUUUUUUACCCAUUUGUUGAAACUGUCAUGUUAGACAGUCACGACAUGUCGUGUAUGAGACAUAAUCUGUCAAAAAAAAUGUUUAAAAAAAUCUACCUCCUCUGCUUUCUCCCAAUGCCAACUAGAAAUAACCAAUCACAGCCAGGAGGAAGGUCUUAGCAGUCUCAUUCACCUAGCUCUGCAGCUAGCAUAGCCUGUUGUGAAUGCUAAGGCUAGUUAGGAUGGCCACCAAUGACGAAGGAUAAACGGCUUUCAUGUACUGGGAAGUUGUACAUGAAAUGUGCAUUGGCACAUUUAGCAGAAUUCUAAGUUGAUUGACAGCGCUAAGUCACGCCUCCUGGCUCUGAUUGGUUGUUUUUAGUCAGAGUGCAUUUCUUCACAGAAAUAGCAGCUCAGGGAGGAAGAGGCUGAGAUAGAUCUUUUCACAUAUUAUGUGUCUCAUAAACUAUGCUGUGGUGGCAGUUUUAAUAAAUGUGGGGGGGAGGGGAAAUUCGACAGUUCCCUUUAAUUAUUGUUGAAGAGGUCGGUAAAAUAAAUAGAUCUGGAUUGAUUAGAUCAGGGGUGUCCACAUUGAGAGAAGUUCAACUUGACAAUUUUGGCCACUUGACAAAAAGUUUGGACAUCCUGAGAUUAGAUGUUUGUUCAGAUAGGAAUUGGAUGUUGUUCAGCCUUGAGCUUUUGUUUGUGUGUAAAUUGGCUUUAUCUGAACAAACAGAAUGCAGACUAACCUUGAAUGGCUCAGGUGAACCUAAUGUACACAGAUGGACCAGAUUUACUACCUGUUUGCUGUCUCGAAAUAUGAAAAAUAUUGCUUUGUGAUUUAAAAAACAAGUUACUGUCUCUCCUCAGUCGUUGGAGAAAGAUUUCAUUUGUGUUUUUGUGUUUUCUUUACCUCAGGUUUUCUUUGCCUCUCCACUGUAAUAACUUUUUUUGUGCCUUUUCUGUGAGUAAAAAGUAAAUGAAGUGACUGGACUGCACUGGUAGAUUUUCAGGACAUUCUAUAUGUUUAUUAUUAUUAUUAUUAUGUGUCUGAUGGGUUAUCAAUGUUCAAAGCAAUAAAAGUAGAAAAUGGGAAGGUGUUGUGGCGCUCACUGGCAUUGUGAGCUGAUCUGUUUUGUAUUUUUAUGAUCUGAUCAGGAAGUCGCUGCAAGUGUUCCUUUUGUAACAAUAAACAGUCGUUCAGAUGGUUGUUCGUGUCUCUUUAACGUUUCCAGGCAACAGAAAAGGACUUACAGUAAAAAUAGAACAACAGAAAAACAUGAUCUGAUCACCUCCACGAUUUAAAAAAAACACCAAAAAAAGUAU